AUGGGGGUCACCUUCCUCCAGGCCAACCUCAACCACUCCGCUAGGGCGCAGGAUCUCCUCCUGCAAUCCAUGGCGGAGUGGGAUUUGGAUGUCGCGGUGGUCGCGGAGCCGUACGCGGUUCCCUCCCUGCCUCACUGGGCGGGGGAUCUGGAUGGCCUCGUGGCCAUCGUGGCUAGGCCUGGUGCCGCCCCUCCCCUCGCGAUUAAGAAGAGAGGGAACGGCUUUGUGGUGGCGGUUCGGGGAGAGUACGCCAUAAUUGGUGUUUACUUCUCCCCGAACCGGGAUUUGCCGGCCCUGGAGCGGUUCUUGGAUGCCCUGGGGCCGGAAAUAAGGCGGUUAGCGCCCCUAAAGGUCUUCGUGGCCGGUGACUUCAACGCCAAAUCAACGGCGUGGGGGAACCCGGCCACGGAGCCCAAGGGGCGAAAGGUGGAAGAACCGAAGUCCUCCUCUUCCGCGGGGCCCGGACGCGAGGACCUCCCCCAGGGGCGCGCCUCCAGGUGGGUCAUGAGGAGUUGA